AUGCACAACUCUUCAGAUCGCGAGCAGCUUGACACAGGAUUGCAGCCAGACAGUGCCGACCGAGGCAGUGAACUCUACCGCCAGCGCCGCCUGAAGCGCAGCCACCAUCUCAUGAGCAUCCAGGACGACGGCUUCUCCUCCCCUUGUAGUGAGCAGCAGCAGCAGCUACUCUGCAAAUACAAGUCCGGCAAGUGCUCCAACCCCCGCGCGACCAAACGCAACGGGCAACUGCAUACCCUAUGCCACUUCCACCGGGAUCGUCAGAACGAGCAUCAGCGUAAAAGCGACCGCAAGCAUCGCAUGGUCAGUGUCGCUCGGCGCGUCAAGCUCGGUAGUAUUGGUGUCGGCAGCGAUAGUACUCGUCGGCAUAGCCUCCACUCCAUCACGUCACUGGAGGCAGCCUUUCCCAGUGGAUCCUCAGUCUCGCCGCUAAGUCGAUUCGGUUACAACCAGGAUGCGUCGGAUGCUUUCAGGAACGCGCAGCAUGCUGCAGGAGGCGUGCCCAACGGUCUAGGAGGAGGUCUAGCGCCGCCACCUGCAGGAACGAUGCGCUUGCCGCCCAUUAGCUUUCUUAUGCCCGGCAAGCUCGACGGUUAUCGCGCUACUAGUACACCCAUACCUAACUUGCCACCUAGAGGCUUCCCCACCGAUAGUGUCAACGGCAACGCGGGCAAAACAGCAUGA